CGGAGAGGCGGCCGGAGCUCCAGCAUCCCUGCCGGCGGCUCGGGGAGCAGCGGGGACACACCGCCGCCGGAGCAGCGCCACCCGGCUCGCGGCCGCGCGGCCGCCAAGAUGUUGCCGGUGUACACGGAGGUGAAGCCCAACCCGCUGCAGAACGCCAACCUCUGCUCGCGCGUGUUCUUCUGGUGACUAAACCCCUUGUUUAAAAUCGGUCACAAACGGAGAUUAGAAGAAAGAUGAUAUGUAUUCAGUGCUUCCGCAAGAUCGCUCAAAAGAACUUGGGGAAGAGCUGCAAAGGUACUGGGAUGAAGAACUUUCGAGAGCCCAGAAGGUCCCACGGGAGCCAUCUUUAACAAAAGCAAUCAUCAGGUGUUACUGGAAAUCCUAUGCAAUUCUGGGAUUUUUUACGUUAUUUGAGGAAGGCACCAAAGUAAUCCAGCCCUUAUUUUUGGGGAAAAUUAUUAGUUAUUUUGAAAACUAUAAUUCUACUCAUCCUGUGACUUCCCAAGAAGCCUAUAUCUAUGCCACGGUGCUGACUACCUGCACGUUCCUUUUGGCCAUCCUGCAUCACCUAUAUUUCUAUCACGUGCAGUGUGCUGGGAUGAGGUUAAGAAUAGCCACGUGCCAUAUGAUUAAUGUGAAGGCGCUUCGCCUUAAUCACACGGCCAUGGGCAAGACCACUGUUGGCCAGAUCGUCAAUCUGCUGUCUAAUGACGUGAAUAAGUUUGAUCAGGUCACCGUGUUCUUGCACUUUCUGUGGGCGGGCCCCCUGCAGGCCAUCGCAGUGACUGUCCUGCUCUGGAUGGAGAUAGGAAUAUCGUGUCUCGCUGGGAUGGCCGUGCUAAUUAUCCUCCUGCCUUUGCAAAGCUGCGUGGGAAAGUGUAUUUGUCAAACCUUGCAUGAGAAGAUCACAAUCUUAGUGACUCACCAGUUGCAGUACCUAAAAGCUGCAAGUCAGAUUCUGAUAUUGAAAGAUGGUAAAAUGGUGCAAAAGGGGACUUACACCGAGUUCCUGAAAUCUGGGGUAGAUUUUGGUUCCCUUUUAAAGAAGGAAAAUGAGGAGGCGGAACAAGCUUCCAUUUCAGGAAGUCCCACACUGAGGCAUCGGACCUUCUCAGAGUCUUCAAUUUGGUCUCAACAGUCAUCUAGACCCUCGUUGAAAGAUGGUGCCCCAGAGAGCCAAGCUACUGAGAAUGUACAGGCUGCAGUAACCGAGGAGAGCCGUUCUGAAGGAAAAAUUGGUCUUAAGGCCUACAAGAAUUACUUCAUAGCCGGUGCUCACUGGUUCACCAUCAUUCUCCUCAUUCUAGUCAACAUUGUGGCUCAGCUUUCCUAUGUUCUUCAGGACUGGUGGCUGUCAUACUGGGCAAAUCAACAGAGCGCUGGGAAUGUCACUGUAAAUGGACAAGGAAAUGUAACUGAGGCGUUGUCUCUUAACUGGUACUUAGGGAUUUAUUCAGGUUUAACUGUGUCUACCGUCAUUUUUGGCAUAGCAAGAUCUCUGUUGGUAUUCUACGUCCUAGUUAACUCUUCCCAGACUUUACACAACAAAAUGUUUGAGUCCAUUUUGAAAGCUCCGGUACUGUUCUUUGAUAGAAAUCCAAUAGGAAGAAUUUUAAAUCGUUUCUCCAAAGACAUUGGACAUAUGGAUGACUUGCUGCCCCUGACUUUUCUAGAUUUCAUGCAGACGUUUCUGCAAGUGAUUGGUGUGGUCGGCGUGGCGGUGGCGGUUAUACCUUGGAUUGCAAUACCCUUGGUUCCCCUUGGCAUCAUUUUCUUUGUUCUUCGGAGAUAUUUCUUAGAAACGUCCAGAGAUGUCAAACGCCUGGAAUCUACAACUCGGAGCCCGGUGUUUUCCCACUUAUCGUCUUCUCUCCAGGGACUCUGGACCAUCAGGGCGUACAAAGCUGAGGAGAGGUUUCAGGAACUGUUUGAUGCGCACCAGGAUUUGCAUUCAGAGGCUUGGUUCUUGUUUCUGACCACGUCCCGAUGGUUCGCUGUGCGUCUGGAUGCCAUCUGUGCCAUCUUUGUCACCGUCGUUGCCUUUGGGUCCCUAAUUCUGGCAAAUACUUUGGAUGCCGGACAGGUGGGCCUGGCACUGUCCUACGCCCUCACCCUCAUGGGGAUGUUCCAGUGGUGCGUCAGACAAAGCGCCGAAGUCGAGAAUAUGAUGAUUUCAGUAGAAAGGGUGAUGGAAUAUACAAACCUUGAGAAAGAAGCGCCUUGGGAAUACGAAAAACGGCCCCCGCCGGCCUGGCCCCAUGAAGGCGUGAUUGUCUUUGACAACGUUAACUUCACCUACAGCCUGGACGGGCCUCUGGUACUCAAACACCUGACAGCACUCAUUAAGUCAAGAGAAAAGGUUGGCAUUGUGGGAAGAACAGGAGCUGGAAAAAGUUCCCUCAUCUCCGCCCUUUUUAGAUUGUCAGAACCCGAAGGUAAAAUUUGGAUUGAUAAGAUCUUGACAACUGAAAUUGGACUUCACGAUUUAAGGAAGAAAAUGUCAAUCAUACCUCAGGAGCCUGUUUUAUUCACUGGAACAAUGAGGAAAAAUCUGGAUCCCUUUAAUGAGCAUACGGAUGAGGAACUGUGGAAUGCCUUAAAAGAGGUACAACUUAAAGAAGCCAUCGAAGAUCUUCCCGGCAAAAUGGAUACUGAAUUAGCAGAAUCUGGAUCGAACUUCAGUGUCGGACAGAGACAGUUGGUGUGCCUUGCCAGAGCCAUUCUCAGGAAAAAUCGGAUAUUGAUCAUUGAUGAGGCGACAGCAAACGUGGAUCUCAGAACUGAUGAGUUAAUACAAAAAAAAAUCCGUGAGAAAUUUGCCCAUUGCACGGUGCUAACCAUUGCACACAGGUUGAACACCAUUAUCGACAGUGACAAAAUCAUGGUUUUGGAUUCAGGAAGACUGAAAGAAUAUGAUGAGCCCUAUGUUUUGCUGCAAAAUAAAGAGAGCCUAUUUUACAAGAUGGUGCAACAGCUGGGCAAGGCAGAAGCUGCUGCCCUCACUGAAACAGCAAAACAGGUGUACUUCAAAAGGAAUUAUCCAGAUAUUACUCAGAAUGGCCAUAUGGUUGUGAAUGCUUCCAAUGGACAGCCCUUCACUAUUUUUGAGACAGCACUGUGAUUCUACGAUGUCAAGUCUAUUCUGAAGGCAUUUCUCCAAUAGUUUUGCACUGUCUGAACUACACUUUUUUUUACACUAGCAACAAAUAUUUACACAUACCAGAUGUUAGUUUUAUUUGGAUUUCUUCCUCCAAUUUCACUCAAUGAUUUCAAACUCUAACAAAAUUACUUAUUAUUUUUAUUUAUAUUUAUAUUAUAGUAUUUUUUUAUCUUAUCCAAAUCAGAAGUGCAGGCCACCAAUAAAAGCUGUCUAUCAGGUCUUGUGCCUUAAGAGACUCGGAGCCAAAGCUCAUUUUGUGAAGUAUGAGACAAAGUUGCUAAAAGAUUUUUUUUUUUUACUACCACCCAAACUACAUAUUACGUUGCAGUUAUAUCAGGGAUUCUAUUUACUUGAAAACUGUGUGAAGUUGCCAUUUUGUCUUUAACAUACCAAGGAUCCGUUCUUCAACCCCCCACCCCCACAGGUCUCUGGCUAAAGUAGUACAGAUAAAACCAAUAGGAAAAGCAAAACAUAUACAUAUACAUAGUAGGGGGGGGAGAGUUCGUUCCCCCACCCCUCACCCCCACCCCAAAAAGUCUAUAGUUAAAAUAUAGAAAGGCAAUAUGUAAUUAUGUUCUAAAAGAAAAGGAAGAGAAAAUAAUGUUUUCUCAAAAUAUGCGCCCAUACAGGUGAUUUGAUAAGGAAGGACACAGUGGGAUCAUUGAUCAUCUUUUCAAUUUGCAUGCCUUUGACAUGGUAACCGGUGUAGUUUUAGUCAGUGUGGUGAUGGUAUAUUCAAAGAAGGCCAAACCGCUACUGGUAAUUCCUGAAUAUGUAGUAGUACUCUUAUUCAAGUUUCUGGUUGACUGCCAGCUAACCUUCGGUUGACUAGAAACCUUUUGGGUUAGCCUUUAUUGAAAUUCCUUCUAAAUUGCAUGCAUAGGUUCUCCCGAGUUGGUGAGAAAAAAUGAAAAUCAUUGCGAACAUUGACUGUAAUUAUACAGUACUAGAGGCCCUGUGCACGGAUUCGUGCACCGGUGAGGUCCCUCGGCCUGGCCUGCGCCCUCUCACAAUCCGGGACCCCUCGGGGGAUGUCGGA